AAUCGCUUUUUAGGUAUCUUUUGGAAGUGUCCCGAGUUUCCUAUAAAUGCCAAUCUUAGGCGCGUGAAAUUGUGAGCUCAGAACUUCUCAGUGAGAGAGUGAGUGCUAAGAAGAUAAGCGCAGCCCCCAGGUGUCUGUAUCAGUGUUCAGAUUGGCCUAUAGAGAUGGCAUCACUGCAUGCUAGUUUAACAUCAGCUGUGUGCCAGAAUGGAAACCAUGCUGCUUCAGCAAAGUACCCAAGUACUGCCUUCUUGCCAGGGUUUGAUGUGGUUGGGCGGGUCUCAAGCUCAUCUAAGAAGGAAACAUUCACUUUGUCUGUUAGCUCGAGCCCUAGAGCCACAUUAACCUUUGAUCCCCCAACAACCAAUUCAGAUAAAACCCAACAAAGGAAGCAUACAGUUGAUCCUGCUUCUCCUGAUUUUCUGCCACUUCCAUCCUUUGAACAAUGUUUUCCAAAAAGCACCAAAGAAUACAAGGAAGUUAUUCAUGAACAAUCUGGUCAUGUGCUCAAGGUUCCCUUUCGACGCGUCCACCUAGCUGGGGAUGAGCCUAACUUUGACACUUACGACACAACUGGUCCUCAAAAUUACAGCCCUCGCAUUGGACUGCCAAAUCUGCGCAAAGACUGGGUUGACAGGCGGGAGAAAUUAGGUGCUCCCAGAUACACACAAAUGUACUACGCUAAGCAGGGAAUUAUAACUGAGGAAAUGUUGUUCUGCGCCACUCGAGAGAAGCUUGACCCAGAAUUUGUGAGGUCAGAGGUUGCUCGUGGGCGAGCAAUCAUCCCUUCCAAUAAGAAGCACUUGGAGCUGGAGCCAAUGAUAGUUGGAAGAAACUUUUUGGUCAAAGUGAAUGCCAACAUUGGAAAUUCUGCUGUUGCUAGCUCUAUCGAAGAAGAAGUUUAUAAGGUCCAAUGGGCAACUAUGUGGGGUGCAGACACUGUCAUGGAUCUCUCUACAGGUCGCCACAUCCAUGAGACACGUGAGUGGAUCCUACGUAACUCUGCGGUACCAGUAGGGACUGUACCUAUCUAUCAAGCGCUUGAAAAAGUGAAUGGAAUUGCUGAAAACCUUACCUGGGAAGCUUUCAGAGACACCCUGAUUGAACAAGCUGAGCAGGGUGUAGAUUACUUCACUAUUCACGCUGGGGUUCUGCUACGAUACAUCCCACUAACAGCGAAGCGAAUGACAGGUAUUGUCUCACGUGGAGGAUCCAUUCAUGCAAAGUGGUGCUUAGCUUACCAUAAGGAGAAUUUUGCAUAUGAGCACUGGGAUGACAUACUUGACAUCUGUAAUCAAUAUGAUGUGGCCCUGUCAAUCGGAGAUGGGCUAAGACCUGGGUCCAUUUAUGAUGCAAAUGACACUGCUCAGUUUGCAGAGCUCUUGACUCAGGGAGAACUGACCAGAAGAGCAUGGGAAAAGGAUGUACAGGUCAUGAAUGAAGGGCCUGGACAUAUUCCAAUGCACAAGAUUCCUGAAAACAUGCAAAAACAGCUGGAAUGGUGUAAUGAAGCACCUUUCUACACUCUUGGUCCUUUAACUACUGACAUCGCCCCUGGAUAUGAUCACAUCACCUCUGCAAUUGGUGCCGCCAACAUUGGAGCUUUGGGCACUGCUCUUCUGUGUUAUGUAACUCCGAAAGAACACCUUGGGUUGCCAAACCGAGAUGACGUGAAGGCUGGAGUUAUAGCAUAUAAGAUAGCUGCUCAUGCAGCUGAUUUAGCCAAAGGUCAUCCACAUGCUCAAGCCUGGGAUGAUGCAUUAAGCAAGGCGAGAUUUGAGUUCCGGUGGAUGGACCAAUUUGCUUUGUCAUUGGACCCUAUGACUGCUAUGUCCUUCCAUGAUGAAACCCUGCCGGCAGAAGGUGCCAAGGUAGCCCAUUUUUGUUCCAUGUGUGGACCUAAAUUCUGCUCUAUGAAAAUAACAGAGGAUGUGAGGAAGUAUGCUGAGGAGCACGGCUAUGGAAGUGCUGAGGAAGCUGUGCAACGUGGGAUGGAUGCUAUGAGUGCUGAGUUUCUGGCUGCUAAGAAAACUGUCAGUGGAGAACAACAUGGUGAAAUAGGUGGAGAGAUCUACUUGCCAGCAAGUUCCUUGAGUUCCUCAGAGAGUUGAAGGAUCAAAGCUCUAGCUAAAAUAUGGCUAGGAUGUCAGGCAGGUCAGGCUGAGACAGUCCCUUUGAACCUGAACAGGAUAAUGCCUGCGUAGGGAGCGUGCAUUUUCUUUUUGCCUGUUUUUUUUUCUGUGCUUGCACAGGGGGGGAAGCUUCUAUCCAUGGUUCGGGAUUCCUGAUCCAUGUGAGGCAGAUUCAAUCUCAUUGCCAGGCUGAUAUAAGUCGUGGGGCUGGGAAGUAGCUGAAACUGGCUUCCAUGUUUCUUCUAUGCUCCAUCAUAAGAGUCUGAGGAACAAAAUGAAUGAUAAAAUGUCCGCAAAUGGCCAUAUAUAGUAUAUACAUUGACUUUGUCUAGUCUCUGACAUAGGCUUAUAAGAUAAAUAUACAUACCAUCUUAUUAACCUUGCAAUUUAUCAUGAAAACGAAACUAGAAUAUUCAUUUUGAAUUUUAAUGUUAUUGAUGAGGGCAACGAUUUAUUUA